AUGCGCCAAAGCGUUCAAACAUACCGCCUAUACUUGGCCGCUCGACCCACUCGUCGUACCGCUGGCGUUGUCAUCGGAUUUCUUCUGGUCCGCGGCUUCAAGGCAACGUCUGCAAGAACACCCACCGUUAUUUCGCUAUGGCCUUCUGAGCGCAUGUUCGAGGGCAAGAGCUGCAUCGUGCCAAAAGUGACCCGACACAACACUUUGUCAAUGGAUGAUGUCCGCGGCCUGAUGGUCCUUGAGUACUCCUUGCCAGUAGACGCCUUCCAUAUCGAGCUUCCCGCGGUACCAGUGGGCAGCGGAUCCUUCAGCCUGCAGGAGCUGAAUUGGUCUUACAAUGUGUUCAUGCGACUCGCACUCGCAGGCCGGUUUGACAUGCAAGCAACCCCCCUCUCCUGGGCCAACAUCGUCGACUGUAUGCGCAACGCGGUCCGCCUCCCGCCCUCUCCCAUACCAACCUUCAACCUCAAUGGCGAACGCGUUGACGCCUUCACUCUCCCGCCACCAUACAUCCGCGCCUCAGAGGUGGAAGCCGGUCCCGCAAACCCAUACCGGGAAGAAUGGAUCCGCAGGCCGCCUCCUUCACCCAUCAUGUCCGAAGAUCAAUGGAGCACUUGCGGCACCAUUGGCAAAGGCAAGAAGUACCGCCCCGACUCUUCACACCUCAGCGCGCACGAGUCGUCGUCUACGCACCAACAAGAUCAUCGCGUCCUUCGUCGCACUACGACCCAUCACCGCUCUUCGCACGAGAAGGGGAAGGAGAACGUCGAUGUCAGGGCGUAUCGCCGUCAUACGCGCAAGGUACCCAAACCCGAGCCGAUGCCUGAAGUCGUCAAAAACGCUCCGCACCACCGCGAUGCUGCACAGCCGCGGUCUAUCCUGAAGUCGAGGUCCAAACCGUAUACGCGUUUUGAAGCCACAGAACAGGCGGGCGCUGGAGGUUGGACGCCACAGCGCGUUGGCAUCGACUUGCAUGCCCCGCGUUAUUAUGCGGAGCCAGAGCAUGGGCGUGGACGUACGAGUCGGAGCAGGGCGCGCGACACGCGUGAGGAGAGGUAUGCCAAAGCCGAGGAGCAAGUGAAGAGGCGCUCGUCGAAGGCUGCUCGCGCCUCCUGA